AACCCAAGACAAACACCUUUUUUUUUUCUACUCUCGUGUCCUUACACACACAUUGUAACCAGAGCUCAAAAAUCUGAUGAAGCAAAAUUUAUACUUUUUACUACUUCUUCUUCUUCUUCUUCUUGUUUUCAUGCUCAUGUAUUCACAAGCAUCUGCUCGUUUCUUAGCAAACAACCAAGUGAAAGGGGAGGUAAAACUCCACAAAACCAUUGGUGGAGAUUCUAUUGACAGGAUAGAAACAGCUGAUGGUUCAAAUUUGAUGGGAGUAGAGGAAUGUGAUGAUGGAGAUGAAGAAUGCUUUAAGAGAAGGAUUAUUGCAGAGGCUCACCUAGAUUACAUCUACACUCAACACCAUAAUCACCCUUAGAGAGAAACUGACUACUUAAUAAGCACUACUUUUCUAUAACCCCACAACUAUUUCCCAGAUCUUUUACAACUCUUAAACAUAAGCGAUUCAGAAUUUUAACUUUGUGAAUUCUGGAUGCUAAAAAUAAUAAUUUACUGGGUUGUAAAUAAAUAAUUUUAGGAUUAUGUUUAUGGAUUUUAGUACUACUUUUUCGUCCAAGAAAAUCUAGUAAAUAUACAUAUGCCAUGGUUGUUGGUAUUAUGUUUAACUUUACUUGUUUCAUCCAGGAAAUCUAGUGAAGUAUAUACCAUGGUAGCAUAAAUCCCUCCUUGUGCUUCUGUAUUUGGUCUUAUUUUUAUUGUUAUCUUUAAUUUGAUCCGUA